AACGGCUAGCGAUGUCUCCCGAAUGCCGUUAGCGUCAUGCAACCCCCAGAACGACCCGUCAGCCAGACGCUGUGUGCAACUGAAACAAACGUCAUUGGGCAGCUUUCCAAAAGAGAGAGAUGUUCCAGGUUGCACCCUCUCACCGAUUAAUCGUCUACCCCCUUUGAGCCUGACUUUCUCGCAACUUUUUACAUUUUUCCUAAAAAAACGACCGGGUGCUUCAAGUAGACCUGCACGACAAAUUACACGCGGCCAAGGUCGUGAUAAUAUCCAAUCUCCACAUCUAAACGGCAUACUCACCUCCGAGCAUCCCGGAAUAAUACAAACAGCUUCCAUCAAAGAACAAGGCAGCAACUUCUACAGUACAUAGGGAUACUUCUGAGCACAACACUAUUCAGAAGCUCCCUCGGAGAGGGCAGAGGUUUGGCUCAAGAUGAACGAACCAACGAUACCGCCCCAGGCAGCGUUCAGCUACAAGCACGCCUCAGCACCACCGCCAGUCACCGUGACAGCUCCCUCCACGACAACAGGAGGGUCCUCCUCCUCCCAAGCACCACCGUCAGAAAAGCAGCAACAGCCCAAGCCAACGACGACAUCUGUCCCCCGAGCCUCAGGCCCAGCCAUCCCCGUGAUCCUCAACGAAGCCGCCCUCGACUCUCCCACCUUCCGCUCGACAGCCAUCCACUUUGGCGACCAGCUCGACGGCAUCGAACGCUGGCUCGACAGCUACACCCGCAGCACGACCAAAGUCGUCCACGACUUUUUGGCUCUCGAGGACACGAUCAACGUCUACCUCUCCAAAAUGACACCCCCCACCAUGGCGACGGGGCCUGACUCCCCCGUCCUCGACGCGGAUUACACACUCCCCGCCCUGCGGAGGGCGGGCGACGGGGCGAGGGAGUGGUGGGGCGGGAUACUCUCCGCGGUGAGAAGGCUCGAGCCGGCGAGCGUGGACCCGAUCAGGAACUUUAUCAACAAUGACAUGAGGGUGCUGCGGGAGCAGAGGAGGAACCUGGAGGCGGCGCAAAAGGUGUUUGACACGACGCUGGCGAGGUAUGUGGGGCAGAGCAAGACGAAGGAGCCGAGCGCGCUGAGGGAGGACGCGUUUGCUGUCUUUGAGACGAGGAAGGGGUAUCUGAAGGCGAGCAUGGACUUUUGCCAGAUGGCGCCGCAGGUGAGGGCGGGGUUGGACAAGCUGCUUGUGAGGGUUUGUGCGGAUUUGUGGAGGGAGAUGAGGAAGGGGAAUAACGGUUCUGCUUCUGCGCUUCAGGCUGGGUGGGGGGAGGAGCUGGAGCGGAUCAGGGGGUGGGCGAGGGAGAUGGAGGCGAGCGAGGGGGUUUUUAAACGGGAGUUGGGGAUGGCGAGGAGGGAUGUUGGGGAGAGCACGUUGGCGAUGGCGAAGCCGAGUAGGGAGUUGGAGGAUUAUAGUGUUAGUACGGUGCCGUAUUUGGGGAGCAAGGGGCCGUUGAGCAUUCAGAGGAAGGAUCAGGUGGCAGUUGUUUCGGAGAAGCAGGGGUGGUUGUUUUUGAGGACAUUGACGGGGAAGCCGGUGAGGCCGAAUUGGAUACGGAGGUGGUAUUAUUGUCGGGAUGGGAUCUUUGGGUGGUUGAUCCAGGCACCUCAGGGGGUGCUGCAGGGUGAUGAGAUUGGCGUGUUGCUUUGCAGUGCGAGACCCGCUGUCCAGGAGGAGCGGAGGUUUUGCUUUGAGAUCAAGACCAAAACGCAGACCAUUCUGCUGCAGGCGGAGACGCAGACGCAGCUGGUGGAGUGGCUUGAGGUGUUUGAGGUGGCCAAGAAGAAGGCGAUCGAGGCCAGCAUGGGACGGGAUCCUAAUACGCUUGUUGGGGGCAUCGAUCCUGCUUUCGUCAUCACGCCGCCCUCGAUUCCAGAGUUCUCUGCCCGAGCGGUUGAGAAUCUUGACGAGACUGACAGCUCUGAGAAGCAACGCAACCUGCCUGUGCCUGGUCCUGAUCCGAAUACCGCGGCACGUUCCAGCUUCGACGUGGCGAUCGCUCCGCCGCGCCGGUCCAUCACGACUCACCUUGGAAGGGAGGAGGGAGAGACUGGAAGGGAGCAUGCGGCGCGUAUCAUGCAGAAGCUUGAUCUUCACCGCAAGGCAACAUUUGCUAGCUCGAUGGAUACAAUGUCUGCUUCUGGGACCACCGGCGCGAGCUUGAUGACCAGCACGGCUUCUACACCUCAGGGAGGGCAGACACCGACUCUUCGUCUGCCAACUCUGUUGCUCGAUCACCAGCCAGGCAGCUUGGCACCCGCGACUCUGGCCAAGCCUCCUAUAUCGACGAGCCUAAGCAAGUCAGCCAUUCUGGCAAGCGCCAACAAUGCAGCUAUCCGGCCCAUGUCGAGCGGCGUUUUGGCCAACUACUGGGGAAGCAGUCCUUACACAGCCAUCUACUGCCCUGCCGUUGGGGCACCCCCUACUCCUAAGCCCUACGCUAACGACCCCUUUGUUGCGUCCAUGGUGCCGCGAACACCCACCUUUGAGAAACCUCAGCCUCCUCCUGGUGGACAUAGGAAAACACAGAGCGUGGGCACGACCCUCACGGAGCCCAAGGUGACCGAAAAGGCACGGAGCGAUGCCCUUCCUGCCAACUACCCGCCCGAACUUAGAGCGCAAUAUGCGCAGUUCCGCCUUGUCUUUCCCACAGCGCCGCCUGAGGAGAAACCGGUGCUCGUCUUCAAUGCUGCGUGGUCGAGCUCGCCGGUCGAAGGAAAAGAGGAUCAAGGGCUGGCUGGCAAUGGCCGUAUUUUUGUUACAUCUGACAGGAUGUACUUUUAUGGUCACCAGCUGGGCUUGGUGGUGGCUUACACCAUCAGCCUGGAUAGCAUCACCGAGGUCACCUCGGCUCCGGGAAGGGACUGCGACUUUAUCUUUUUGCAUCUGAACCAGGACAUGCAGGACACGACGUACGCUCGAAUCGCGAUCAAGGUGUUCCUUGAGGACUUUUUGCUGCUGCAGUCUAGGCUUAACCUCUUGAUUGAUGAUUUGCAGGCGGCGGAACCGAUGGAUUUGAGUGAGAUUAUUACCACGCUGCUCAACAUGGAGAGGAACCAGGACGAUAAUGUCCGGAGUCCGAGCGUGGAGAGCUGGGAGGAGAUUAGUUCUAAUACUCCGGUUGACGACGGGACGCCGUUUGGGAGGCCGGUGUCGAGACGGGUAGGGGAUCUGAGCGGGAGGUUCAUUCGGUAUUCGCGCCAGGGGGCGUCGAAGAAGCAGGUGCAGAAGUUUCAGCUGCCGGCUCACGCGGUGAUGUACGAGCCGGAGGACAUGGGGGCCGCGGUGGCGGAGAGGCACUUUGAGAUGAGCGCCAAGGCGUGCUUCCAUGUGCUCUUUGGGGACAAGUCGUUUAUCUUUCCGAAGCUGUAUUUUGAGCGGAGGGCAAAGGAGAUUGCGCAGGGGCCGUGGGAGCUGAGCGAUCACGGGGGCAAGAUGAAGAGGGUGUUUAGGUUCAAGGUUGACUAUGUGGACAUGCUGGGGAGGAGGAAGCCGGGGGAGGUGACGGACGUGCAGACGAUUGACAUAUUCAACGAUCACAUCACGUAUGUGGUGUCGCAUGUGAGGACGCCGUGGCACUUGCCGCACUCGGGGGCUUUCAGGCUUGUGACGAAGGUGGUGAUUACGCAUGUGGCCAAGAGCAAGUGUAAGCUGGCGGUUUAUACACGGACGAGCUGGGAGAAGGGGCAGCAGGCGUUUGCGAGGAGUAUGGUGGAACGGCAGGCGCUGGAUGAUGCAAGGAGGGAUGGGGAGGAGUUGGCCGAGGUGGCGACGGAUCAGGUUAGGAAGUUGGGGAUUCACAGCAGGACGAAGAGGGCGAUUCAGGUGUAUGGGGAUGUGGGGAGGAGGGGGGACGUGGUUGUUUUCAGUCCGGAUGAGGACCUGAAGGGGGAUGGGGUGGGGGUGAGGCCGAGGACGUUGGGGGCCAUGAUGUGGGAGACGGGGAGGAGUUUCAUGGAGAGCGCAAUUACCAGUGUGAUGAUGUGGGCUUUUGCGGCGGUGAAGAAGGUGUUUGGGGUUCUGAAGGCGAACCGGGUGAUAUUGGUGAUGUUGGUGGUUAGCUUGGGGUAUAACUUGGUUAGCUGGGGGCAGGGGACGAGCCGGUGGUGGACCGAGAGGAGGUCGGAGAGGUUUAUGCAAAGGUUGGGGGUGGGACCGAAUUUGGUGAUGGGGAAGGCGAUUUAUUUGGCGGAUUUGGAGGAGGCGAGUAGAGGGUCGGCGGUGGGGAUGGAGUUAGGAAGGCCGGUGGGGAGCCAGUGUUACGACACCUUCCAGGCCAUCGUCAACUCGACCAACCUCGACGCUCCUUACCAAGACGCCGGGGCAGGCUUCACCUCAGCCACCACCCGAGCAGCGGCCCGUCGUCUCCGUCGCACUCGCCAGCGUUUGGCCGGGUACAGACACGAUCUCCUGGUGGCCAUGCGUGUGGUCAACGGCAUCGAGCUGGAGAUGGUGCAGUCGGAGUGGGAGAACUGGCUCGAAGACGAGAACCAACGCUGUGAGCGGGUCGCGAAGCUCUUGACGCACAAUGCUCCCAAGCAACUCUCUCAGGAAGAAAAGGAGGAGGCUCAAAAGGUGCUUGGAGGCGGCGAUGCCAGGAGGAAGGAGGCCCUCGCAAAGUGGCAUGCUGAGUACUGCGGGAGCUGUGAGGCUGAUCACAGGGCUCUGAUGGCGAGUAGUCAGAGGGCUUCGUUGGUCAGGUGAGGGGGUGGGAUAUAUACAUAUUGAUGGCAGCUAGUCUGUGAUGCAAAUAGGGGCUUUUUUCAUUGGGGGAGCAAAGGCUGGGACGGUUCAUUCAUUCAUUCUGGGGGCCGCAUUACGGGGGUUAGCAAGCAUUGCUCUGGGGAAGGCACAGUAGCAGGUAGCAUAUUUAGUAGAGCAUUUAUCUUGUUUAAUGACAGAAAUUCCAUCUACAGCUGGUUUCAGUUCUUUGCACGAGGCAAAUGGGCAGACAUGUCUGCGUACUUCAGGUUUGGUAUAGGUAGGUGU